UGUAGACACCUAGCAUCCAGUGUUUAAACUAGUUAAAGAAAUGGCCUGUUGUAUAGGUAUUCUACUGCUUGUCUUCUCUCUCCAUGUAAUAUCAAAUGGACAGCCUCUUUUACCUGGUGAUCGGGCGGAAGUGGAAGCAGCUCUCAUGGAACAGAGGAUAAUGGCGAAUAUCAGGUUGCUAUUGCCCGACCUUUAUGCUGGUGACUGCAGGAAACAUAACCGAGAACAGACCACUGUUAUUCGAGCACUAAGAAAACGUGUAGAAGACUUGGAAGAUUACACUACAGGAAAAAAUGUGACUGUCUGUUCAGAUUAUCUUGUAUCCGGACUCUAUGGCGUCGACAGUACAGCACUGACUGCAUCUUCCAAAUGGGCAAACCCAGGUCUUGAUCAUGGGCCGGAAAACAGUCGACUUAAUCAUGAACGUUUUACAAAUUCUACUAGAUCGAUGACAGGUUCUUGGUCCUCGGCAAAAAAUAACGAUCAACAGUAUAUACAGGUUCGAUUUCCGAGGAAAACAGAAGUAAAAGCAAUCCUGCUGCGGGGUCGUAAUGAGCGCAUUAGUCAAUGGGUAAAAACCUAUCACCUGCUGUACAGUGAGGAUGGUGUGAACUGGGCUACAGUCUUGUCAAACAACCAGGAACCGAAGUUGUUUAUAGGUAAUACUGACAGGAACACUAUCGUCAAGUCGUAUGUGGUCCCCAGUAUCACUGCGGUAUAUCUCCGGAUCAAUCCAAGAAGUUGGAACAAUCACGUGUCUCUUCGCUUUGAUGCCAGUGGCUGCUAUACUGUCAGAGCAACUCCGAACAGAAUACACAUGGCCUUGGGCUUCCGACCUCUCCUCAGUUGGAUGUCACCGCUGUAUAGGGUAAACGAACGCAGUCUUACCCAGGUAGACGCCGCCAAUCUCUGUGCGCAGCAGUUCUCCCAACUCAUCAAGGUUGAUUCCGGGGCAGUGAUGACGAGUCUACAGGCCGUCGUGGAGGGAAAUCAUAUACUUAGUAAGUAA